CUCUCUGACAAUCUGUUCUGCUGACUGACAACAUCCACUCUGACCCUGUGGAGGAAACGACCCCACUGCUCUUCAUUUCUUAUCCUUCGCUCUCUCCGUGCUGAUCCGUGACUUGUAUACUUUUGGGGCAGCGUUGGUGGUUGUGCCUGCACACUUUUGUGCUGUGUGUGUGUGUGUGUGUAUAUGUGUGUGUUUGUGUGUGCGUGAGUCAGUAUGCCAUGUCGUCCCCUGGCUCGUCGUUUGUGCAGAUAAAGCAUGAGGACCUGCUCUUUUAUGAGAACUGUGGAGGAGGCAGCUUCGGGAGCGUCUACAGAGCCCUCUGGAUAUCCCAGGACAAGGAAGUGGCUGUGAAGAAACUUCUAAAGAUUGACAAAGAGGCUGAGAUUCUUAGUGUCUUGAGUCACAAGAACAUCAUUCAGUUUUAUGGAGCCGUGCUGGAAUCUCCCAACUAUGGCAUUGUCACAGAAUAUGCCAGUGCAGGAUCUCUGUAUGAGUACCUUUCCAGUGAGCAGAGUGAGGAGAUGGACAUGGAGCAGAUCAUGACAUGGGCCAUACAGAUAGCCAAAGGAAUACAUUACCUCCACGCAGAAGCUCCAGUCAAAGUCAUUCACAGAGACCUCAAAUCACGGAACGUGGUAAUGACAGCAGACAGAGUGCUGAAGAUCUGUGACUUUGGGGCUUCUAAGUUCCUGUCUCAUACCACACACAUGACGGUGGUGGGCACUUUUCCUUGGAUGGCUCCUGAAGUCAUUCAGAGCCUGCCUGUCUCUGAGACCUGUGACACCUACUCCUAUGGCGUGGUGCUGUGGGAGAUGCUGACUCGUGAGGUUCCUUUCAAAGGUUUCGAAGGGCUGCAGGUUGCAUGGCUGGUGGUGGAAAAACAAGAGAGGCUGACCAUCCCCACCAGCUGUCCAGCAAGUUUUGCAGAACUGAUGAGGAAAUGUUGGCAAGCAGACCCAAAGGAGCGUCCGCAGUUCAAACAGGUGCUGGUAAACCUGGAGACCAUGGCCAACGACAGCAGGCUACCGGACCAGUGUAACUCCUUCCUACAUAACAAGGACCAGUGGAGGUGUGAAAUUGAGUCGACCCUGGAGCGCCUUCGGAAGCUGGAGAGGGAGUUGUACUCCAAAGAGAAGGAGCUGGAGGAGAGGGAGAGGAGGCUCAAACUGUGGGAGGAGAGGCUGAUGGAGCGGUCCAACAUGUCUCCCAGUCCGACCUCCCUACUCAUGGAGCGCUCAAACAUCUCACCAUUCUUCACACCAAUGUCCAUCGGUUCCUCCGGCUCCUUCUUCCGCUCGCAUUCUCAAGACUCCAACAGUGCAGGGGUCAGCAGUGCUGGCGUCAGCUGUCUCCUCCGCACCCUCAGCAAUGGAGACACGGAGAGGGGGAGCAGUGCGGUGCUAGAUAGGGGGGUGGGCUCGCUCGACAGCGGGAGGCUGCAUGCUGUGCUCCGAGGGUUGCAGGGGCGGUUGGGAGAGGAGGACGGGGAAGAGGAAGGCACCCUGGAGGAGAAAGGCUGGGGGCAGAGGGAAAGAGAUGAGACUGGGAGCUUGGAGGGAGGAAGGGUGCAGGUGACACUCAGGAGUUUCCCAGGGGGGGUAGUUGAGAGGGAGGAGAGGACGUGGGAGGAGGGGGACAGGGAGAGAGGAGGGAUGCAGAGGAGCAGGGUGACCACCAUCGUCCGAGGGUAUUCGGGGGGUUCGGAGAGCCAGAAGGGGAGAAGGAGAAGGAGGGAGGAUGGGAGAUAGAAAAG